AUGGACGUCAAGCUAGGUACAGCUGUACAGGUCGACGACAAUCCACGCAAGCCCAGUCCACUCGCGUUGUCCGCGUCAGUCCGGGUCGCUCGAGCCUCGCACACUACACUCGCCGAUACGCCUGCGGUGCGCGGCGGCUGCUGCUCAGCCUCCCUCUUGCUAGCAGCUCGCGAAUCGGCAAUGCGCUUCCACAAGCGCUACAAUGCGUUGCCGCCAGGGGCCUGUGCCUCCGACCGAGCAGAAGCCGAGCUCAGCCUUAGCUUCAAGAGCACGAACGAUCCGUCAGCUGUGCAGGAGAAAGCAGAGGGCGAGAUCCAGGUGAAGAUGUCGCGGCAGCAGCACAUGGAGGCCGACAACCUCAAAGCGAGGCUUAUCGGUGAUUACCUGACCAUGGCGCAUGCUAUGCGAGCCUGUGCAGACUCGAUGACACGCUACGUCGCACACCUCUCGACAAUGCCAGAUCAUGCGCAGACGAUACGAUAUCUCCUCGCAAAUCAGUCCCAGCAGCAGCAGCAGCAGCAGCAGCAGCAGCAGCAGCAUCAUCAUGGCGCAACUGGCGGCAUCGGACCCUCUGCCGCAGCCGCACAAGCUGCCAGCGGAGGCAUGGGCAUGUCCCCCUUUGGUCAGAUGGGUCACACAAUAGCUCCGCAUGGUGCUCCCCAGUCUCACUACGCGAAUCAGUAUUCGAGCGGCAUGAACGGUCAAGACUAUAUGCGUCAGCCUCAGCAGCGAUACGCUCAACAGCAUUCCAUGCAUCCGCCCGGCCAUAUGACCAGCGCUCAUCACGCUCCCCAGAUGGGCCACAAUAGCCACAUCAUAGGGAGCGUGCCUCUGUCUUCGGGGCCAUCAGGCAGCUACAUGGGCUUUCACACACCCAUGCAAGGCAUCACCGGUCUUCCGAGCCAUAGAGAUGGCCACGAAUCUGACGAUGGCUCUGUGCCGGACAAGCGAGCAAAGAAGCGGAAAGUCGCAAGAGAUCCUAAUGCACCGAAGCGGCCACCUUCAGCCUACUUGAUGUUUCAAAACACCGUACGACAGGCAAUGCGGGACGCCGAUCCCAGCAUAGCCUAUAAGGAUCUGCUCACGAAAAUUUCUGAGCGAUGGGCAGGUAUGCCCGAAGAGGACAAGAGGAAAUAUAGCGAACUAGCAGAUGCAGCCAUGAAGGACUACCGAACGCAGAAAGAUAAUUACGAUCGCGGCUUGCAACCGGACGCGAGCCCUCGCUCACCGUCUGACGACUUUGUCCGCUCUUCGGCACAAGCGAUUGCGAGACAUGAUCAACAGAACCAAUCGCUUGAUCAGUCCACGUCGAGCGGUGGCAACGGUCAUGUCCAUCGCGGCAAUCUAUCCGGCGACUUGAGAGAUUCAAGGGCAUCAGUCUUGAGUCAUGGCGAUUCGCCGUCCUCCGAGCCGCACGGUGGUGAUAUGAACAGUCGUACAAUGGGCAUGGUCGCCCCCGCUGACGAUUCUGCGUCGCCCCUCAACGAAAAGGAAACAUUUGCACGCUCUCGGGAGCCUGCGGGCUCCUCAACCCACACGAUGGAGAACCAGCUCUCCACUAACUCUGCUCAGUCGUUCUACGAAGAUCUUGCUGGGUUACAGACGUUCGCCGAAAUGGAAGUGAUCGUUUCGCGCAUUGAGUGUAGCGUUAUAGUAGUGACAGCGAUCCAGUCGCCUAGGAGCGCUUCGACAGACAAGGGACAUAAUUCGUAUGGCUGGUAA